AUGAACACAACCGGCCUGUCCGUCGCCGGCGGAAUGGAGGGAACCUCGGGAUGUUUAAAUGCAAUUUUACAAGAGUACCCAAACUUCACACAACCAUCUCCCUCUAGCAAGCUACUCUUCUGGACGCUCAACGGACCCCUCGAAAGCGCGAUCCAGAUCAUCAUCAACCCUUACUACGAGCCAGGCGACCCCAUGGAACCAUACUUCCGCCCCGCUGAAGCUGGCGGCCUCUCGUCGGGUAGCUGGCACCCCGUGUCGCAAGAGUCCCUCAUGGAGCCCCAGGUCGCGGCCCUCACCGUCGAGAUGAACCAGAUUUGCACCGAUAUCAAGACCGACACACGGCGGCCGCGGGCCCAGGACGUCCAGAUCGUGGUGACGCCCGCUCACGGCGGCGCGUUCGUCACGGUUCACGAUUACGUCUCGGCCGUGCACCCCUGGCUUAUGAACAUGCGUGAGAGGCUCCUGGACGCCUUGGGAAGAAUCCGUAGCUCUCAGGCGUGGCCUCCCGAGACGAGACUGGCCGUUCUGCGGCUCGACGACGGGCCAAUUAGUAUUGGCAAUGAAGAUAGAUGGGCUGACUCGAACAAGAGGCCUACGCCACACCGCGAAUGGACCUGGGCCGAGAGAAAUGAGGACGCGCGGAAGGUCAUGGAGAGAGCGAUGGCGAGAUCCGCGGCACGAGUACGGGAGUUGGAAAGGCUUCGCCAAGAAGAGGGAAAUUGA